AUGGACACAGACACGGAGCGGACUCCGCUGCUGGCCGGCACGCCCACGCCAACCGCCAACACCGCCGCCGCCAAAGGAACCUUUCAAGGCUCUCCGACCUCGCAAGAGAACGUUUCCCCCGACUAUGGUAGCUACAACGGGCAUAAUGACUCCGCCACGGGGCCUGACCCCCUCGCCCACCUCCGCGACGUCCUCCGCCCCAGGGUGCUCUUCCUCGCAUUACUAGGCGUAUUCCUCGUCGAGCUCGGCGUCGCCAUGAUGAUACCCCCCAUGAAUGCCAUCAUGGAGAGCAUCAUCUGCCGCCAAAAGCACCCGGAAAUCUUCCUCCCGCCUUCAGCCUCGCCCAGCAUCGGCGAAAGCUUCCACGGGACGGCGGGCACGUGGAUACGGCAGAUCACCGGGGGCAUCUUUCUCACGGAUGACCCAGUCUGCAAAUACCCGGACGUACAGGGCUAUCUUGCGAUGCUAAAGGGCUGGGCUGCCGCGUUUGAUUGUAUCCCGGGUAUCGUGGGCGCAGUGCCGUACGGGAUCCUAUCUGAUCGGUGGGGGAGGAAGGGCGUGCUGGCGAUCAGUAUGUUGGGGAUCUGGUUGUCGCAGGCGUUUAUUCCUGUAGUGUUCUCCUUUUCGGAAGUGAUGCCACUAUGGACGAUAUGGUUUGCAUCGGCGUUUCAACUGAUCGGUGGUGGUGGGGCCGUUGCGACGGCCAUGAUUUAUACCCUCAUCGCUGAUGUGGUGUCAGUUGAGAGCCGUGCGAGCGCCUUCUUGCAGGUUGGCGCCGUUUUCCUCACCGCCCAGAUGAUUGGUGGUCCUUUAGCUGGUCUCAUGAUGGUCUGGAACCCUUGGAUUCCACUCCUCGUUGCCGUAGCUAUCCUCAUCCUGGCCAACUUCAUUGCUCUGGUUAUCCCCGAGACUCUUGGUGUCCACGGCCAGCAAACGACGCCCCGGCCUGAGUCCGAGAAUGGAGACGGAAUUUCCAAGCGGCACAAGCUCUGGCAUAAGGCCCGUUCUGCUCUAGCCGAAACGUGGGCCUUUGUUAUCGGCAACCAGCGUGUGGCAUUCUUGAUGCUUUCACUGGUUUUUGUCGUUCUGGGCCGAUUUGUCAGCGACUUGUUGCUUCAGUACGCAACGGAUCGAUACGGUUGGACGUGGAGCAAGGCAUCCAUGAUUCUGUCAAUCGGGACCGCAGGAAGCCUGGUCACGCUCAUGGUCUUGCUGCCCGGCACGAGCUGGCUUUGCAUUCAUCGUUUUGGCAUGCCGGGAGUCUCGACAGAUCUCUGGUUGUCCCGAUGGUCAGGCGUGGUGCAGAUUCUGGGCUGCUUGAUCAUUGCUGCCGCAGGAAAUGGCGUGUUCUUCUCAUUUGGGCUGAUAUGGUUUGCUCUUGGAUCGGGCAUGUCGAUGCUAAUCCGGUCCCUCAUCACUGCACUCGUCGAGGAACACCACGUCGGUACCGCCAACACACUUGUCGGCUUCAUGGAGAUGGUGGGUCUGACAGUGGCUGGUCCGCUGCUGGCCAAGAGUCUCAGCGUUGGGCUCGAUCUGGGCGGGCCGUGGGUCGGUCUACCAUUUCUCACCGGCGGCUCCUUUUUUGCUACCUCAACCAUAAUACUCUGGGUGUUCAGGUUGCCCAAUACUCGCGGGUCAGCAGCUGAGCCUUCAUGA